CAACCCACCUCGCUUCCCUGCCCCAGCCUCUGCUGGCCCCUCUUUAGCCUCCUCAGUGAUGUAGGAAGACCCCAGGUACCCACUCCAUAGGGGGGUUGAGGAGACAGAAUGGGACGUGCAGGAAGGGCUCAGUGUGGAUACCCAAUAAACAGCAGCUAUGAUGACAGACAUCUUUUGUGACAAAACUCAAUGAAGAGGGUGGGAGUAUAUCCUAUGUCCGUGAGAGGACAAGAAAACUCCGCCCAUCAUUACUAGAGACCCUGCACACCUAAUAGUUUUGCAGGACAUGCAGCAUUUCAGCUGUUUAAGGGACUGCCAUCUAGUGAGUAGGUGGGCUGUGAGCCGGCCAGCUUCCCUGAGAUUCCUUCUCAUGCAGCCAGCUUCGUCACUUCUAAUUUGUUUCUGACAUUUUCCAGCCCUUUCCAGUUUGCAGACAUCCUUCAGACCCAUGUAAAUGGGGGACAGUGACAGUGCUGACAGCCUGUGAUAUAUCCCUGUCAGGAGAGGAGGUGAGGGUUCCCCUGCCCUGAUGCAAGGGCAUCUUAAUUGUUUUUGCUGGCACACACAUGCCAAGUUGUGACAGUGCCUUUUGUAUACUUGGAUAGUGAAUUUGGGACUAAAGAAUGUUGCAAAGGUUGUCUUUACUGUAAACCUGUUUUCUCAAAUCCUUCCUUCCUGCAUUCAUUCAACCAACACUUAUCAAAUGUUACUGUGUAUGUCUCAGGCCAUUUUCAUAACUAAAUUCCUGAGAAGGGGAAAUCUGUAAAGAAAAAAAAUAUGUUUGGCUCCUAUUCCUAGUGUUCAGGAAGCCCAAGAGCAUGGUAUUGGUGAUAUAGGCGAAAGAAAUUCCCAACUCACUGGAUGUCUAGCAUGCGUUUGUGUUCUCCAAAAUCGAAGAAUGAAUCCUAGGAACAACUGAGAUUAUCAGCAGAAUAUAUUUCUUGGGGAAAGAAAGUUUCUGUCUGAGGGCUGGGGAUUUAGCUCAGUUGCAUAAAUAUCUGCCUCGCAAGUACAAGAUUGUGAAUUCAAUCCCUGGAAUAAGAAAGAAAACAAACAAAAAAAGAGUUUCUGUCUGACAGAGACAGAAGGGAGUUGCCAAGGAUCCUGCUUUUUCUAGGGAUUUCUAUAGAGCAAAACCAUGCGGUUCAUGUGGGUCCAAGGAGGGGGGAAAAUAGGACAUUUCAAGGUGGGCAGGAGAUGGGAGAAAACUAUGGCCAACCAAUAAGAAUACCAGCAUGACUGCUCAGAUAAUAUUGAUUGAAAGAGGAUCAAAUAGGGAGUGAGUUACAUAACCAAUGGGCAUGAAGCCAGACAGGGGCUUUUCCUGGAGUGGGUGGGCCAGGGGCUCUUCCUGGCUUUCCAGAGGUGAUGGAUACCUAUCAGAAAUCAAUCACCCACCGUUGUUCAUCCUCAGGGAAAGUCUAUGGGUACAUUCCUAUCAUCUUUUGUUUUGAGGUCUGGUGCUCAGCACAGGUCUCCUCCAAGGCUGCAGCGGACCCCAUCCAUCUUCUGCACUGGCUCCUUCCAGGGCUGGACCCACCUGACUGGGAACAGUAUCUCCGCUUAACUCAAGUGUGUGCAACACCAGCAUUGGGGGAGGGCCACCCUGUUGGGGGUGUCCAUAUUCAGGCCACCACUCAGGUGCCUUUUUCUCUUCCUGCGAAGCCACUGAUGCCCUCAGGACCCAGCCCUUGGUACCUCCACUGACCUAAUUAGCUCCCAAGGCCCCAGCUUGCAAAGACCAUCAGCGGAGGACUUCAGAGCUGAGAUUGCAGUGCUGGAGCUGCCUCAUUCUGGGAGCUUCUCUAGGCUCUGUAGCUUCAAAUGAAGUCCUGGUUAUGGAUCCCCAGGGGCAGCUGCCACCUCCUCCCCAGUGGGGGCCAGGAGCAGUCAGGCAUGGAGGAGCUGGCGGGUAGUGCUGACAGCCUUCCCACUUCUGCCCACCCAUCCUGGGGCACCUGUACCAGGGAGUGACUCCUUAGCAGCAAGGUCCCUGUCACUGUCCCUGUCCUGCAUUUUAGGGUCGCUCUCUGGAGCAAGGGCUACGGUGCACUGAAACUGCCGCAGAGGGCCUGGGGAUUUAGCUCAGCGGCAUAAGCACCUGCCUUGCAAGCAGGCGGUAGUGAGUUGAGUUCAAUCCCUGGUACCGAUAAAAAUGAAAAAGACAAAAGAAAAGAAAAGAAACUGCCACAGAAUUCAAGAGGUCAGAGAGACCAGUGGGGAAAGAGGAGGCCUUUACUAGGCAUGCACCUGGCUCAGCAGAGACUCCUGCCCAAAAUGGCAGAGCAUGGAAUGAAGGGCAGGAUCCAGUUUUACAUUUGACCAAGGAGUUGGGUCUUCCUAGUGGAGAGAAACUUGGUGGAGAUGCAAGCGAGGACACAGAAGCAAGACAAAGCAAUUGAAAGCAAUUAAUAAUUUACGCUUGAAAUAAGAGAGAGACUUAUGAGUUAUAAACUUUGUUUUCAGGUCAGAGUUGUCAAUUUUAUCUGUACCAGAACAAGGAGUGACAGCCAUCGGUGAGGGGAUGGUAUAACGGAGAAUGUUCGAGGCGGGGAACAUUUGUUUUUCUUUCUUUUUUUUUUUUUAUUGGUACUGGGGAUCGAACUCGUGACUGCCUGCUUGCAAGGCAGGCGCUUAUGUCGCUGAGCUAAAUCCCCAGCCCCUGUUUUUAUUUUUUUUGAGACAGGGUUUUACUGUGUUAUUCAGGCUGGCUUUAAACUCACUUUGUAGCUCAGUCUGGUCUCAAUCUUGAAGCAGUCCUCCUGCUCUCAGUCCCCUGAGUGCUGGGAUUACAGGCAUGAGCCUCCACACUGGGACAAACUUGUUUUUCUUUAAACCCUGCUUCAAGAUUACUGCUCCUGUUGCUUUUGACAUUUGUGUAAAUCCAGGCCCUGGUGCUUCCUAGCUGUCCAGCUCAAGCUGGGACCUCAGUGAGCAUCCACUCUAGGAAUAAAAUCAGACAUUUAAACUAAAAAAGAUAUUUUUUUUCAAAGAAGACUUUUGUGUCAUGGUAGAUGCUAAGGAAACAGAACAGGGUCAAAAGCUGGGUGUGGUGACACAUUCCUGUAAUCCCAGCACUUGGGUGUGGUGGCAACCCAAACACUAGGGAGGGUGAGGCAGGAGAAUCACCCGGAAUUCAAGGCCAGCCUGAACCACAGUGCAAAGCCCUGUUUUAAAACAAACACUGCCCCCAAAAAUGAAAGAAAGAAAAAAACAACAGGGUUGGACACUGAGGCUACUUCAGCUUAGUGGCUGGGCUCCAAGGCUCCUGGUCUCUUGGGGGUUAUGUCUGUGUGCCCUGGUCCACUGGGAUCUUCUGCAAUGGCUGGAAGCUAGAAGGGGUCCCUUGCCCGGAGCCCUUCCUCUGAUGAAAGUCCUGGCAGAGGUUGUGUCCUGUUUGGGGCUGCUCCCUCGUGACCAGUCCUGGUCACUACAAGGGCGAGCUCAAGAGCUGGAAGCAGACCUUGUCCAGGCUCUUCGUGGCCCACUGGACCCUCCCUGUGCCAGGCCUUCCUCAGGGCCCCUUCUCACUUGCACACACAGGUGCUUAGCAGUGCAUGUCCUGGGAAGGUUCCUGAGGCUCUCACCAGGCCACUUCCUUGUCCUGUGGGUCUGCCCAGACUAGCUCACCUGGAGGGACCACCCACCUCCUGCUCUACCCUGUGUCCAGGUGCUUAGCUUAUGGGGUGCUUCAUGGCAGGGAAAGUGGAAUCUCACCCUGCUCCUUCCUCAUGCUGGGGACCAGGAGAUAUGGGGGGGGGGGUUUCCAGCCCCAGGUAGUUUUAGUGUGUGUGUGUGUAUGUGUGUGUCUGCGAGGCUGAGAAGCUGUCUGUAGAGUACAAGCAUGUUCCUGCUUGCCCUUCCCCGCCUCCCUGUCGGGGCUGGGAGUCAGCAAGGGAGAAACCAGGAGCACCUGGCACACAGGGCCUCCCACUAAACUGCUGGGUACAGUGUCAGAUGGCUCAGCUUGGUGGGCGGCAACAGCAGCCUGCUCUGCCCUCCCCUUGGCAGCUCCAGCUUUUAGAAACAGCACCACACCUCCCAGGAAGGUCACCAGGUAGUGCCUACGCCAGUCUGGUAUGGAGAGAACAGAGCCACUGGGUCAGCUCCCUUCGUGGAUAACUGGAAGCCAAACCCAGCAAGCCUAAGAGAUGGCAGGGUCUCCUGGUGGGAUGGGGCCUCCAUGGCAGCUGGGGAUCCCUAGCCUAGAUGGGCCAGUGGCCUCUAGGGAGGCUACUGGUGCCUGCUCUUCCCAGAGGGAUUCCAGCAGGCUGGAGCCUAGUGAGCAGGACCUGGCAGAGGCCCAGCAAGAGCUGCGAUGGGUGGAACUGGGCUCCGAGGCUCCUGGACCCAGGAAAGAGAGACCCAGUGCCCCGCAGGGCUGGGGCCGCCUGCUCCAGGCGGUGUGGUGCGGUUCCCCAGGUCUGGUAAUGCAGCUGCUGCGCCAAGGGGCCAGCGUGAACGAGAGGGACGGCGCGGGCCGCACCCCUCUGCAUCUGGCUGUGCUGCGCGGCCACGCGCCCCUUGUGCACCUGCUGCUGCGACGCGGCGCGCGGCCGGACCUGACGGACGGCGCGGGGCGCACGCCGCUGCACGAGGCCGCCUGGCACGGGCACUCGCGCGUGGCCGAGCUGCUGCUGCGGCGCGGGGCCUCGGCGAGCGCGGCGGACGGCGCUGGGCUCGCGCCGCUGCACUGGGCCUGCGCGUUGGGCCGCGGGCCGCUAGCCGGCCUCCUGCUAGCCGCGUCAGGCACAAGCGACGAGCCCGCGGCGGAUGCGCGCGGGUGGACGGCUGCGCACUGGGCGGCGGCGGGCGCGCGGCUGCCGAUGCUGGAGCUGCUGGCGGCGCGCGGCGGUGCAGACCUGGACGGUGCCUUGCUGGUGGCGGCCGCGGCCGGGAGCACAAAGGCGCUGCGCCUGUUGUUGGCGCACGGGGCGCAGGCGGAAGGCGCGGGGUCCUCGGCACUCGGGCUGGCGGCCAGCCUGGGGUGCCUGGAGGUGCGUCUCCCGCGCAGCCGCCUCGGGGUCCUGGGCUCGGGUCCCCGGCGCGCCUCUCCCGUGCACAGGGUCUGGGCGGUCCCGAUUCCCGCUUCUCUUUCCCCAGGUCAUGGAGGUACUGCUUGCCCAGGGGGCCGACCCGGGCGUCCGGGACCGGCACGGCCGCUCCGCGCUCCACAGGGCUGCGGCUGGUGGACACCUACCCGCCGUCCGGCUGCUGGUGGCCUGGGGAGCCGCGGUGGACGCGCGGGACUCUCUGGGCUUCACACCGCUGCACCGCGCCGCGCGGGGCGGCCUCGCGGAGGUUGCAGGCCACCUCCUGGACAGUGGAGCACAGGUGAACGCUGCGGGCUGGCUCCGCAAGACCCCGUUGCACCUCGCCGCGGAACAGAGCCACAGCGUCACGAUGGAGCUUUUGUUGAGCCGAGGAGCCAGCCCCACACUGAGGACGCAAUGGGGUGAAAUGGCCCAGACAUCCACAGGGGACUGACCCAGGCGCCCCUUAUCCUCGGGGCUUCUCUAGGAGAGGCUGAGUCCGAGCACCGGUAGCAGUCCUGAGAAAUGCUGGCUUCUGUCUUCCGGGCGAGACUCCAGGGCUGCUUGGGGGCAAGGGGGCGGGCAAUCUGCACAAAAAUGCCUACAGGUUGGCGUCUUGGGGCUGUGGCUAGACCUGGGGUGACCCCUCAGCUCCUGGGAAUGCAGAAGUUCCUGGUGUAACUCCCUUGGGCCAAGCCGAGUUCCCCAGCCACCCAUCCAGAGCCAAAAACAGGCAACCAAGGCAUCCCCUGCACACCUGGCACACUGGGAUUGUUUUUUUUUUUUUUUUUUUUUUUUUUUUUUAAUGUUUAAAGGGGGUAAAAUUAAACACAACAAAACAACACAAUAGGACAUAAGAAAGCAAUGUAAGAGAUAUAAAUUUCAAAGCUAGACAACCUAAGAUCUUCACUAUGUAUCAUAUUGUCUCUUGUUUUCUUCCAAAUAGUUGUCCACAUCUUCGCAUAUAGAGAAUUCAUACAAAACAACAUAGGAUAAAGCUGAUCCGGGCUGGGGAUUUAGCUCAGUGGCAUAAGCGCCUGCCUGGCAAGUGUGAGGUCCUGAGUUCCAUACUGGUACCACAAAAAAAAAAAAAAAAAAUCACAGUCUUGUCUAGCUGCUAGGAAAGCUGCUGAGGUAAUUAGAUAAAACAAGUACCUUGGAGACUUCUUUGCCCCAGGGACCAGGGUAAAGUUCUUCAGGUCAGUUGUGCUUCUGUGCAUCUUUAAAAGUGAUCUCUAAAAAAAAAAAAAAAAAGUGAUCUCUUUUGCAAGAUAAAAUGUGCCUGCUUUGUGAUCUGUCUUUCUCACUCUUUUAAAGAAUUAGAAAACAGCUGCUACUUUCUGCCUGCCCUACUGUGAACUGUUUCUCCUUUGGGAUGCCAUUCCACUUUGUCACCUUGGUUUGGAGCCAGCUGACAAUACACUGAAACAGCUAUAAAAUAUGAGUUAAAAUAAGCCUUUCUUCCUUAAAAAAAAUUAGAAAACAGUGGUUUAAUGCUAUGCAGUGCUCCCUUGUCUAACCAUGGUUGCUAAACUUGUGAUCAAUUGUAGCUUGUGCUUAUAAAAACCACCCAUGGGAAUAAGUAUAGGUGGUCCCUGGAAAGAUAAAAUUAAGCACCUACUGGUGCAUGCCAGGUAUAUAUCCUACCUAGGGUGGAUAGGUCAGCUGAAUUUUAUCUUCUGGUCUCCUCCGAUGGCAACCACCUACUACUCUGGAGCAUAAUCAAUUUGAGAGAUUCCUUGAGGGUAUGAAAAAAAUCAAAGUUAAAGGAACACUGAUUAUUUCUUUUUGCAUUUCAAAAAUGAGAAACUGGGGGCUGGGGAUUUAGCUCAGCAACAUAAGUGCCUGCCUUGCAAGCAGGCAGUCGUGAGUUCGAUUCCCAGUACCGAUAAAAAGGAAAAAGACAAAACAAAAAAAAAAAAAGAGAGAUAUAAUGGAGAGAUAUAAUGUUACUCUUAAGUCAAACCAACUUCUAGUGAAAGACAAGGAGUAUUAUAAGCUGCUAUUAUAUUUGAAAAUGAAUAGCAUCUUAGUUUCAGAAAGUCAGAAGGUAGAUGGUCAGGGCAUCAACCAGUUCUCACUGAGGCCCAGCAGUCCCCACCCAAGACCCUACUGACCUAAUGGCCAAACAGGAGAUUAGAGCAAGAGACAUUUUCAGACGUGUAUUCUUGAAGGUCUAAGAAGGACAAAAACCAAACCCUCUAGUUAUUUUAAAUUGUCAAGAUAAAGAUGAGAACCCCUCUGCCUUUUAGAUGUUUUACGAGAGAUAUUGGUAAGACAUAUGUCUAUAGCCCUUGAUCUGAUAGAUUUUUUUUCCUUUUUUUUUGUACCAGGGAUCAAACUCACAACUUUGCACUUGCAAGGCAGGCACUUAUGCUGCUGAGCUAAAUCCCCAUCCCCCCGAUAGAUUAUUAUUAUUAUUUAUUUAUUUUGGAUUUUUUUUUUCCUUUUUAUCGGUACCAGGGAUCGAACUCACGACUGCCUGCUUGCAAGGCAGGUGCUUAUGCCGCUGAGCUAAAUCCCCAGCCCCACAAUAGAUUAUUCUUAAAGACAAUUUAUUACCCAGUCAACCCUGGAUAUUAAGAACUCAACUCAGACAGCUCACUUGAUACUUGAGUAAAAACUGCCUUCUCAGUAUUCUAUAAUUGAGACCAGGAAUAAGUCAAGAAGAGAACACAAAGAGGCUAAACAGUGACUACCUUUGUUUCAGCCUUAAAAGAACAGACCUAAGUCGAUUCUAGGGGCUCCAAACAGAACUCAAUGAGUAACUUAACUGCUACUGCUGCAGAAGGCCCGGCCACGUUAGAGGGACUGCGUCAGAGGCCCCCACUCCAUGCUCUAACUGCAAAGGCGGCCACUGGAAGAGGGCCUCACUGUGAGGUGGAGGCCCACGGGCUGAGACAUCUUCCCAGCUGGUCCCGCAGGACUAAAGGCCCCUAUGGCACUCUGCCUUCUCCCUCUGGCUGGAUUAUCUCCACAGAGCAGCCCUGAGCAUCAUGACUAUUGCUGGACACUGGCACAUGUCUCUAGGUCCUUCUCUUCAAUAUGGGCUCCCUUCUAACCAUCAGACCUCAGUGAAAGGAAUCACUGGAGAAGAGGUAACUGACCAUUUCUCAGUCCUUAGGCUGUGUUUUAGUUACUUGUUACUUGUCGCUGAGACAAACCACCUUAUGCCCAAAGUUGGGAAAGGAAAGGUUUUUUUCUUACAGUUUUUGGAGGUUUCAGUCCAUACUCAGCUGGCUCCAAGGCAGGGUGGCAUGGCAGGGCCUCAGUUCAAGGAGGCUGCCAACAGCAAGGCAGAAAACUGGCAAGAGAGAACACACCUCCUUCCUGUCAUUACAUUACAUGCUGGCUCCACCCCUAGAUGGGUGGAGCACUGACACCAUCAAUCCAAGCUCUAGACAAGGAACCAGUUACAAAUGUACAAUGCAGGGCUGGGGAUUUAGCUCAGCGGCAUAAGCGCCUGCCUUGCAAGCAGGCAGUCGUGAGUUCAAUCCCUGGUACCGAUAAAAACGAAAAAGACCAAAAAGAAAAAAAAAAAAAAGAAAACAAAUACAAA